UCCUCCGCUGAGAGAUACCCCCUGAACCCGUCUGCGUUCUGCUUCAGCUACGGAGCACGCUCAGCCGCACAGCACGGCUGCUCUGUUCUGGAUGCUGCUUUCAGGAGAUACUUUGCCUUGAUUUUCCCGGACGCUACAUCUGGUAGGCGAAAGAAGCAGUGCUGGAAACAGAAGUAGACCAAAUAGACUAAACCACAUGUACGGGUGUAAAUGACAUUGUUCAUAUGUGCUGACAAUGUAAAAUCCACCAACCAAAGUGUAUAGAACAUGUUUGUUAACGUGUUAUAUUUAAGUCCAAGUAUGUGUGUCAUGACUGUGAUCUGACGUGGUGUUACGGAUGCACAAACAUGUAGAGCCACUGUGGUUUUGUUCUCAAUGUCGUGUUUGUCACUGUGGCUUUUAACGUUGCUCAAUGGACUUUGUAGAGGCAGCAGUUCAUCGCUGUAGGCUCACCUGCUCCAAACACCUGCACUGACAAUGGACCAGAGGAGCACAGCUUCAUGUUUGUGUUCUCCAAUAAACUAUGGCUUCUAGGAUCGUUUGAAUGGAUAAAUGAUGUCCAUUCAUUCCAUGGGGAUAAAGCCUUUGCUGUGGAGAUCACUGUGGACCAGGAUGAAUGUGAGAGUUACCCAAAAGCAGAUUCCUCUGAGAAAUAUAAUAUGAGCGUCUCCGCAGGACAAGCAUCUUUGAAUGCGGAAACCGUAUGGGGCGCUUUAAGAGGUCUGGAAACCUUUAGUCAGCUGGUGUAUCAGGAUGAUUUUGGUUCAUAUUUUGUGAACAAGACCAAGAUUGAAGACUUCCCCCGGUUUCAGUUCAGAGGAAUCUUGGUGGACUCUUCACGUCACUAUUUACCAGUGAAGGCCAUUUUGAAAUCUCUGGAUGCAAUGGCCUACAACAAGUUCAAUGUCUUUCACUGGCACAUUGUCGAUGACCCUUCGUUCCCGUAUCGGAGCUCCACCUUUCCAGACCUGUCUGCUAAGGGGGCUUUCCACCCGAUGACUCACAUCUACACACAGUCAGAUGUGAGAAGGGUGAUCUCAUAUGCCAGGCUGCGAGGAAUAAGAGUCCUUCCAGAGUUUGAUUCACCCGGCCAUACCAAGUCCUGGGGAAGAGGGCAGCCUGGCCUGUUGACUCCCUGUUAUAAAGGUGGCAUCCCUACGGGUACAUUUGGUCCUGUGAAUCCAGCUUCACUUUCCACCUAUAAGUUCAUGAAAAGUUUCUUUAAGGAAGUGUCAUCUGUGUUUCCUGACUCCUACGUCCACGUAGGAGGGGAUGAGGUUGACCAUUCAUGCUGGAGAUCCAACCCUGAUGUCCGAGCAUUCAUGCAGAAGAUGGGCUUUGGAGCAGACUUCACCAAACUGGAAGCAUUUUAUAUGGAGAAUAUCGUGAACAUCACUUCUUCUCUCAACAAGACUGCCAUCGUGUGGCAGGAUGUUUUUGACGACCACAAACAUUGCAGCUCUCUUUCAGUGGUGGAGGUGUGGAGAGAUGGCUGCUACCUGUGUGAAGUACGCAGGGUGGUUAAAGCAGGGCUCCAGGUGAUUCUGGCCUCUCCCUGGUACCUGGACCAGCCCGGACCCACACACAACUGGGCACGUUACUACACGGUGUGGCCCCUGGCCUUCAAGGGCACCGAGGAGCAGAAGAGGCUGGUGAUCGGUGGGGAGGUCUGCAUGUGGGGGGAGUAUGUGGACGCCACCAACCUCGCGCCACGUCUUUGGCCGAGGGCGAGCGCUGCAGCAGAGAGGCUGUGGAGCGACGAGAAGCAGACCUCCAGCGUUGACAGGGCGUUUCCUCGUUUAGCAGACUUUCGUUGCAAACUCUUGAGGCGUGGAAUCCAGGCAGAGCCUCUGUAUGUCGGACACUGCAAACACGAGUACCAAGUUUGAACACGUUGGAUGGAUUGAGAGUGGACGAUUUAAACCAACUGGGUUCAUGGUUGACUUUUUUGCAGAUUAUAUUGUUUAUAUAUCUAAAUAUAUAUGAAAAAAUAUGUAUAUCUAAAUAUCUUUUCUAAAAAGGUCUUCAAAAAGAUAGUUUGUUUCUCUAGUGUCUAUGUACAAAUUCAAAUGCUUUCUCAGGAACUUUACUGUAUUUAUUGUUUCUCAUAUUUGUGAUAACUAUUUGAGUAAUGCUCUUUUUAUUAUAAUAUUUUGCAACAGGACAAUAUAGAAAAGAGUUGAGUUUAGUGCCACAUUAACCCAUGGCUGCAAAUAUAUGCAGGUUUAAGUAUUAGAGCAGCUGGAAGCUGUGGAUCGUAAUCUUCAAUAAAAUGAGUGUGUUGACUGUGCAACCGUUGUUAUUUAGGUGUUUUCUUUACUUU